UUACUUCAAAAAUAAACUACACUAACGUAGCAGAGCUUAGAAGUAAAGCAGAAGUGAUCGUUGUUAGGUUACUGGCCCAGGCCUUUGGUUGUUAUGUUGAAGGACAAAUUUCGAUAAUUAAAAAUGAAUUGUACUGUAGUUAAUGUUUGUGAUAAUGAUUUCAAAAAACGCUCAGGAAGUGAUAUGGUAAAAAGUGCAGUCAAUUCAUACUUGCGGCGCAGACAUUAUAUGGUAAUUUAAUUUGAUAGGAAACAGAUCACUUCAGGAAAUCAGAUUUGGUUUUAAGUCAAACAUGUAAGCAGAUGACAGUUGCAGCAACAGUGGACAAAGAUGUUUCUAGACUAAACUCAAUAAUAUUUAGCACAAUAAGUAACGACAUUGCCUUAGCUGAACAACAGUUUACCAAAUUAAAGUCAUGGAUCUUGGAACUUCCAGAAGGAAAGUGUCGCCACGAGUUGCAUGCCAUGUUGUUCCCCUUACUCUGUCACUUGUACCUGGAAAUAUUACGCGGAGGUUUAGACAGACAGGCAACGUCCAAGUUUCUCAAACGUCACCAAGAGUUAUUUUUGGGUCAUGAAAAUCACAGAGACAUCAUUGAAGAAUUGUCCUUGGUAUUCACCACCCAGGACAUUGACAGCAAACCACUUAUCAAAGCUUUUAGGUCAUGUAAAUACGAAUUAAAGAUCAGUUCGUCAACAAUGGCUGCACUGCAAAAGUAUCUAGCAACUCAAAGUCAUGUUAUAUUGCUUCAGGUUCUUCAAACGUGGUUUGAUAUUGAAGUGUUAUCCAGUGACAGUGUUUUUGAGAGCGAAGAUUAUGUGCUGGAGGAUUAUGUAGACGAAACAGCAGACUACCUAGAGUCCCUGUAUCAACAAACACAUGACGAUAAGGAAAUGCGUCAUUUACAAGAGAUGAUCAGACAGGUCCGAGCAAGUCCCACUCCACCUCCGCCUCUGUUGCUGUACUCCUUGAAUAAUUCUGAAAGCGUGUGCUGUGCGAAGGUGUCGCGCUCAGGCAAGCUGAUGGCGUCUGGGUACUCGUCAUCACAACUCAAGCUCUGGUCUCUGUCAGAGUCCAAGAUCGGUCCAGCGGCUGGCCACUACUCCACUGUCAAUCUGGCCACCAACACACCUCUUCAGACCCUCACAAUACCAGAACAGAGAUACAGCAAUCUUCGAGGACACUGUGGACCUGUCACAGGGAUUGAGUUCUUGUACGAUGCUGAAGUCCUGCUGUCUGUUUCUCACGACACCACCAUGAGAGCCUGGAGGAUGGCGGAUUAUUCACCGGCUGCUAUUUACAGAGGUCACAACUACCCUGUCUGGUCAGUGGCUGUCAGCUCGCUGGGGGUCUACAUAGCAACAGGUUCACAAGACUGUACAGCUCGACUGUGGAACCUCGAUCGUACCUAUCCCCUGCGCAUCUUUGCUGGUCACUGCCAGGAUGUCAAUUGCGUACAAUUCCAUCCCAACAGCAGUUACCUGGCAACUGGCUCAGCGGACCGGUCCAUCCGCCUGUGGUCCGUCACAGAUGGCAGCCUGGUGCGAGUUUACGGCAACUCCGGCAGCGUGCUCGCCCUUGCCUUCAGUCCUAAUGGCCAACAUCUUGCUUCUGGUGGAGACGACCGCAGAGUGAGGGUGUGGGAUCUGGCCACAGGAGGAGUGCUGGCAGAGUUGAAGGGUCACUCUGCACCAAUCACAGCCCUCGACUGGAGUAAAGACAGUAGCACUCUGUCCUCAGCAUCUCUGGACGGCACCGUGUUCGUGUGGAACUCUGCACUUCACUUCAAGCCCCCUACCAGUGAAACUACGGAGAACCCAGCCAAGUAUACUACAAACUGUUCGACGAUGCUCAGUCUGCAAUGUCUACCUCGAGGGAACUUGGUGGCAGUUGGGACCCAGGGGCCUGUCUCAUAAAAUAUUCACAAGUUGUGUGACAGCAACUGUUUUUUGUUGAUAUGUAUUUGGCAGUUAAUGUACCUGAAAAUGAUUAAUUAAGUUUGACUCUAAGUCUUGUAUAGUCUCCUAUGUAUCAAGCUGGAUAUAGGGAGUUUUCUUUACGGGAAUGUUAUAUAAACAAAUAUUCUCUUAAGGGGAUUCCAUACUGAGCUUUCCUUUGAAUUUCUUAUAAAUUAUAAAAAGUCAAGCUUAACAUUGUUUACACUACAGAAGGUGAAAAGCGUGUUUUUAUAUAUUUGAGUUCUUAUAGAAAAUUUGGUUUAUGUUGUGACUUUUUGGGUUUUGCCAAAUUUUUUUGUAAAUAUUUUUGUAGUUAUAAGUUAAAUGUUACGUAUUUGUUGUAAAUAGUUUUAUUGAUGCAGUUAUACAAAGAACAAUAUUUUGAUAUUACUUUAAAAGAAAAACCCAAAUAGUGGAUGAUUUUUAAAUAUUACACUAGUUGUGAGGUUCCACAGAAGUAAGAAUCCAUACUAUGUUUUUGUAGUCUGUAAAUGCUCACUUACAUGAUUAGGCAUUUUUUUGUGCUUUGUAAACAUUAAACAAAAGAACUAAUCUGCCUUUUAAUAAUGCAUUUUUUUAUACUCCUUAUAACGUCUAAUGUUGUUUUUUUCUUUAAAUACUAUAGAACCACAAAAAAAACAUUGUUUUUAAUGCAGUAUUUUAGUAUGAAAUCCUCUUAAUAUCAGCUGUUAUAUCUGUUACAAGGUCUGAUGUUGCAUGAACCUAGUUCUGACUAACUGUUAAGCUGGUAAUAAGCCUUCAUAAAUAUAUUUGUGUUUUAAUAUAAGGAAAUGUUUAAAUUCAAAAUUAUUUUAUUUUAAUGUCAAGGUGCUCUUUUAAAUUUAUAUUUUCUGUCAAUAAUUUAAAAUUCAGUUUAUUUCUUUAUUUUUACAUUACUUGCUGUAGACUUUCACGUAGUACUCUUAUUCUUUAAAAAAAGUCUAAUUAUUUUUAUACAACAAAUAAGUUUUAUAUUAUGUUUGUCACUUCUGAAA